ACUUUUGCCUAUAUAUAUGUCCGUUUUUGCCAGCCUAUCAUGAACCUUUUUUUGCCUCUAGAAGGAGAAGUUUUGGACACCCAUUUUUAGUUAUUUGUCCUGCCUGUUCUCAUCUUCAAUGUCUCAUCCAUUUUCUUCUUUAUAGUUGGAUUAAACUAAUUAAGUUUUUUUCCCACUUCACGAUAUAGCCAUAUAUAUAACCAAGCCUGUCUGGGUUCUUCUCUGAGAGUGAUCGUCAAUAUUAUCUAUAUAUACAUCUUCUGUAUUUCUUCGUUUGCACAUAUAUAUACAUAUAUAUAUACACACGUCUUUCAGUUAUAUCUUGAUCCGAAAACAUAUAUAUAAAACCAUGACUUGUGUGGUUUCUCGCACGGGGAGGGAGUUGCAGCGGUAUAAUCAUAUGGGCCGCCGCCAAGUUGUAGGGUGCAUACCUUACAGAUACAAAAAUGGAAAUGAUGGUGCCAUGUGCAAUGAAUUGGAAGUCCUUGUGAUCAGUUCACAAAAAGGCCAAGGGUUGAUGUUCCCCAAGGGUGGUUGGGAGCUUGACGAAUCUGUAGAAGAAGCAGCUUCUCGAGAAUCUUUGGAAGAAGCUGGGGUACUCGGUAAUGUUGAGUGUCAAUUGGGCAAUUGGAGCUUCAUUAGCAAAAGUCGCGGUACAUACUAUGAAGGCUACAUGUUUCCUUUGCUCGUUAAGGAGCAACUUGAUCUCUGGCCGGAGAAAAAUGUCCGCCGGAGAAUAUGGAUGACUGCAGCGGAAGCCAGAGAAGUUUGUCAGCACUGGUGGAUGAAGGAAGCUUUGGACAUUUUGGUCGAACGGCUUUCAUCUCCUAAAAAACAACAUAAGGAAGAUGAAGUACUGGCUUGUGCUCUUAGUUAAUUAGCAAAGGCGAAAAACUAAAACGUCUUGUAAAUAGUUCGUUAAUCGCCUUUAAUUUGGCAGUCUAAUUCCUAAAAAGCCAUGGAAAAUCGGAGACUUAGUUGGGGAAGAUUUUGGAGAAAGGAAAGUGUAGAAAACGAUCAAAAGAGUACAUUUUCCUGUUUUACUUUCCUUGUUUAGUUUCAUGGUUUUGGAAUUUUGUAUUUGGCCUUGAUGAUCUUUCGGGAUUUUCAUCUCUUAAUCACGAUGAUCAUAAAA